AUGGCAAACCUCCGUGAAAGCACCACGGUCAUUGUGGUCGGAGGUGGCGGUACGAUGGGAUCAUCGACCGCACUGCACCUGAUUCGAUCCGGCUAUACUCCCUCCAACAUCACCGUCCUAGAUGUGUAUCCCAUUCCCUCCGCCCAGUCGGCAGGUCAUGAUCUAAAUAAGAUCAUGAGCAUUCGCCUCCGUAAUGGACCAGAUCUACAAUUGUCCCUUGAGGCAUUGGAUAUGUGGAAAAAUGACCCAUUGUUCAAAUCAUUCUUCCAUCAAGUCGGCAUGAUCGACUGCUCGUCAUCAGAAGAAGGAAUCGGCGGUCUUCAACGAAAGCACCAGUCGCUCAUAGAUGCGAAUAUCGGCCUUGAGAAGACAAAUUUCUGGCUGGACAACGAGGAUGAGAUCCUAGCAAAAGCACCCCAAUUUAGCCGAAAGCAGAUCAAGGGAUGGAAGGGUCUGUUCUGUGGUGACGGGGGCUGGCUAGCUGCAGCAAAGGCUAUUAAUGCGAUUGGAGACUUUCUCCACAAACAAGGCGUCAAGUUUGGAUUUGGCGGAGCGGGAACAUUCAAACGGCCACUAUUCGCAGCGGACGGGGUUACCUGUGUCGGCGUGGAAACCGCAGACGAGACACAAUAUUUCGCCGACAAAAUAGUUUUGGCUGCAGGCGCUUGGAGUCCGACAUUAAUUGACCUAGAUGGCCAGUGUGUUUCGAAGGCCUGGGUAUUUGCUCAUAUCCAACUCACACCACAAGAAGCGGCAGAAUACAAAAAUGCUCCUGUAGUGUACGAUGGUGAAUACGGCUUCUUCUUCGAGCCAAACGAGCAUGGAGUGAUCAAGGUCUGCGAUGAAUUCCCCGGUUUCUCUCGUUUCAAAGAGCAUCAGCCUUACGGCGCCAAUUCUCCAAAGCUGAUUUCCGUCCCGCGGUCCCACGCUAAACAUCCGACGGAUACCUAUCCCGAUGCGUCUGAAAUCACCAUUCGAAAAGCCAUCACAAGAUUCCUUCCUCGAUUCAUGAGCAAGGAGCUAUUCAAUCGGAGCAUGUGCUGGUGCACUGACACCGCUGAUGCCAACUUGUUGAUUUGCGAACACCCGCGGUGGAAGAAUUUGAUCUUGGCUACAGGGGACAGUGGUCACAGUUUCAAGCUCCUACCGAACAUUGGCAAGCACAUCGUUGAACUACUCGAGGGAACUCUGGCAGAAGACUUGGCGAAGGAAUGGAGAUGGAGACCUGGCGGUGAUGCACUCAAGUCCCGACGAGCUGCUCCCGCAAAGGAUCUCGCUGACAUGCCAGGCUGGAAGCAUGAUGCUAAGCUAUGA